CCUCCCCAGUUCCUAGGCGACAGGUCCCCUGCUCCCCCGGGGUACCCGGACCUUGCCCCUCGUAGGGAGAGUUGCCCCGGCGACCCUCCAGUCUACAUUACACGGCGCGUGGGUUGCGCAGGCGCCCUUUUCAUGAGUCAACCCGACCUUUUUCAAAUAAAAAGUGCCUUGUGACGAGCCAAUCAUUGGUCACUUUGCUGCUAUGUGCGAGGUGGCCAAUGAGGUUGCUUGUUGUUGAUGUCAAGCAGAGUUUGAGGGGAAGUUGGGGUCUGUGUUUGUUUGUAGGAAAAACAAAGAGACGGGCGGAAGAGGGGAGAGAGAGACGGAGCCCGGGAGAUCGCAGCUGGGAGCGGCCGGUGACCAGAGUACCCGGCGGCAAGGGCUGCGGGAAAGGAGCAGCGAGGGCUCCGGAGAGGGGGCGACCGAGAGGCGGCGGAGGGAGCGGGAUCACGACGGGGAGGAGGGCUCCCGGAGCCGCCGGCAGCGAGAGGCCGAAGCCCGAAGGCGGAGAGACCGGUACGCCGUCACCCAGAGCCGGCGAGAGCGGCUGAGCGAGUGCCGAGAUUCGCCGCCCGAUAGCGGGUCCGAAGAAGAGGCCGCUUCGGUUUCAAGUCGGACCGAGGCCCCGAGGGAUGGGAGCCAGAGUUCCGGGCUCGGGAUGAGCCCCGCGGCGGGGAGGCGGCGCUGUCGCUGAACCCAGAAGCUCAAGAUAUAACUGCUCUCACAGUGUCACGCAGAAGAAUGAAAGAUAACUUGAAAUAUUCUGUCUUGCCGCAAAAAUGGAAAUUCGAUGUGGCGGCUUACUUUUUAGUUCCAAGUUUGAUUCUGGAAAUAUUGCUCAAGUUGAAAAAGUGGAGCAUCCUGAAGGAGAAGUGGAUUCAACUCCCAGUGGUGGCAGUACAGGCACAGGAAAUUUAGGAAAUGUGUUAAUCACACCAGAUUGUGAGUUUAAUGUGUGGACCAAGCCGGACUGUGCUGAUACGGAGUUCGAGAAUGGUAAUAGGUCCUGGUUUUAUUUUAGCGUGAAGGGAGGAAUUCCGAGUAAAGUUAUUAAAAUCAAUAUCAUGAAUAUGAAUAAGCAGAGCAAACUGUACUCGCAGGGAAUGGCACCAUUAGUAAAGACUCUUCCUGGAAGACCACGUUGGGAGCGGGUGCGAGAAAGACCAACAUAUGAAAUGGUGGAAAACCAGUUUAUUCUGUCCUUCAUGCAUCGCUUUCUUGAAUAUCGUGGAGCAACAACCUACUUUGCAUUUUGCUUUCCAUUCACGUACUCUGAGUGUCAAGAGAUGUUGGCGCAACUGGAUGAAAAGUUUGAAUAUUGUAAACACCUGACUAUGAGGAGUCCUCCAGAUAGUAUUUACUAUCACCGUGAACCUUUAUGUUAUUCCCUGGAGAAACGACGUGUUGAUCUUAUCACCAUUACUUCAUGUGAUGGAAUGACAGCAGAAUGUGAACCACGACUUGAAAAGCUUUUUCCAGAUGAUUCCACUCCUCGCCCAAAGCAGUUUCCUGGGAAACAAGUGUUUUUCCUCAGCAGUCGAGUACAUCCUGGUGAAACUCCCUCUAGUUUUGUUUUCAAUGGUUUCCUCGAGUUUAUUUUACGUGCUGAUGAUCUUCGUGCUCGAAUGUUGAGACGAAUGUUUGUCUUUAAACUUAUACCCAUGUUGAAUCCAGAUGGUGUAGUGAGGGGACAUUAUCGGACUGAUUCUAGAGGUGUGAAUUUGAAUCGUUUGUACUUGGAUCCAGAUUUUAAUUUGCACCCUUCAAUUUAUGCGGCACGUGCAGUCAUCCUGUAUCAUCAUGUUAACAAUCGUGUGUCUUUGGCCAAUUGUGACUGGAAAAAGUUCACUUCAUUGUCACCCAGUAGUCCUUUAUGCACAAAAGAUUUGAACCAUUCCAUCAAUACGACUUCUACCUCUCUUGAGACCACUCUAUCAGAGUUGGAGAAAAGCAAAAAUAUAAAAAACUUUGAAAAUGGGGAAGUAGAUUGUUUAAUUUCCUGUAAAGAUCCUGACCAUUCAGAUUCAUUAAUUCAAGACAAAGAUAACAAUGGACAGCCACUUUCAGAAACACGCUAUGGAAAAGCUGUUUCAUUGAGUGGUGAUGGUACACUUUGUGAGAAGGCAACUGAUAGUUUUGACUCUUCAGAAACUGUUGAGCACAUUCCUCCUCAUGAAAGUGGAAUUGCAUACUAUGUGGACUUGCAUGGCCAUGCUUCAAAGCGGGGUUGUUUUAUGUAUGGAAAUUCUCUUCCAGGUGAAAAUAACCAGAUAGAGAAUAUGUUGUUUCCAAAACUGAUCUCCAUGAACUCAGCACACUUUGAUUUUACGGCUUGCAAUUUCUCUGAGAGGAACAUGUAUGCCAAAGACAAAAGAGAUGGACAGUCUAAAGAGGGAAGUGGGAGAGUGGCAAUUUAUAAGGCUACAGGAAUUAUUCACAGCUAUACCUUGGAGUGUAAUUAUAAUACAGGCCGUUGUGUGAAUUCAGUUCCUCCUGCAUGCCAUGAUAAUGGACGAGCAAGUCCACCACCAAUACCUACUUUUCCACCUAAAUAUACUACGGAAAUCUUUGAACAAGUGGGGAGAGCUUUAGCCAUUGCAGCCUUAGAUAUGGCUGAUUGUAAUCCUUGGCCAAGAGUUGUUUUGUCAGAAUACAGUUGUCUAUCUAAACUUCGCGCAUGGAUGUUGAAGCAUAUUCGAAAUACAAGAAGCACAGUAAUGUCAAAAAAAAAUGUCACGAGGAUUUCUAAAACUCCCAAUGUGAUAACAUCCUCCGUCUCAGAAAAUUCUCUCAGUAAGAUGAAGAGUAAUGGGAAUGGUGUCUCUGGAAUCAGCAAUGGGCAUCAAAAUCCACCUCUGAUUAAAGCAUCUUCCAGUUUUACAUUUGGCUACAACCCUGGAACAAGCAAAGGAGUUUGUGUACCAGGAUCAAAUCAUAAUCCUCCAAAAGGUGUUCACAAAACCCUCGGACCAGUGAGAGAAACUAGAGCACAGGAGAAGCGUCGACAGCAUCAGGCUGUAUUGAGAGCAGCAGCAGUCAACACUCCCAGCAUUCAGCAUAGCUCUCCAGCCCAUCGGUAUAUACAGUGUCCUACAUCUGUCUCCCUCAACUUCUCUAAAGACCCACCCCAAGUCCAGCCUUCCAACUUAAGGCCUUGCUCUCUUCCAACCUCCUUCAAAGUGGCAGAUCACUUGGCAAUGAAGGUUGCAUGGCAGUUGGUCACUGGUGCUAUCUUGGACACAAGUGAGAGCUAUUUAGAAGAAAGGUUCAAAGGUCUGUCUGGUACAAUUAAAAAUGGCAUUUCUCAUGAAAUAUUAGAACAUGCUCAGCCACCAGAAAAUAAUUCAGAUGCUGGAAGGAAAAUUCAUUUGCAGAACCCAUUGAAGAAAAACAAAUUAAAAUUAAGGACAUCUUUAGAUAUUACCAGUUCUGAACAACAGCUGAGACCCAGUAGAAUCCCAGUGAGAAAAAGCAAUGUGCUUACAUCCCAGGGAAAUGUGCGACUAACCCCCAGCAAAGUCAGUCAGAAUCCUGAGCUGAAAAGUGUGCAGCCAAAUGUCCCUCAAGAAGAACCAAACGGAUGUAGCAUAUUGGAUUGCUCUGCUAUGACUUUGUCGCCAUCAGCACUGAAAUGUAGUUCUGAAGGUUCUGUGUCCACUAUUAGUGGUGAAGUAGAAACACAGCUGGAUAUUUCUGAGAAGCUUUCUUUGGCAACGGGAACAGAGCAGAUGCCUGCGUAUAGACAGAUAUUUUCAUUUUGUACUGAGGGCUGAUACUACAAUUGUACUAUUUCUAUGGAAGCACGAUAAACUGAUGGAGAAGAUGUGAAAGAGGAUCCACUAAGAUGGAACUAAAGAUAAGAAAUGGAGUAUUUUCUUGAAGACAAAGAGUUUUAAGAGAAGAUCUGAUAUAAGUAUACAAUAAUAUUCCAGGUGGAAAUCCAAGUCAUAAAGAUUUGUAGAAAACGAUGAUGAAAAGAGAAUCCAUAGCAGCUUUUAAAAGAAAUUAGAUAAAUAUGUGAAAAAUAAAGCAUUUAAAAAUAUAGAGAGAGGGUAAAACAAUUAAACUGAAUGCAUAGCUCCUACAGAGAAGUAACACUGGCUUGAUGGGCUGAAUGGCCACCUCAGCUGACAUUUUAUGCCUCUAGAAGGUUGAAUCCAUGCUUGGAAGCUUGAAUAGUUUGCUGUAUCACACUUGGCACAAAUAAUGAACAUAGUUUAACAAGCAAAGCAGUGCUAAUGAUUAUACUGGAGUUGCUGCAAAUUGACUUCUCACAACUAAUGUAUCAUCGUUGUUGGAAAUGCCGUUUACAAAUUUUCAAAAUUGUUCUCUCUUAAAAGAUUAUCACAUUUUUAAACAAAUGUUUAAUAUAGCACAUUGUGGUUUCCAAGAUUUUUGACAUGAUUUCUCAGUUGAUCUUUCAUAGCAGCCAAAAUUAAUAACAAUGUCAGAAAUGGCAAAGUAUCUAACAAUGCCUCAAAAUACACAUUUAGAGAUUACAUGAAGUUGUAACACAAUCACAGCAGUGUUACAGUGGUGCACAUAGCAUAAGCACUAAACUUUUUAAACUUUGGGACAUAUUUGAGACCAUAAGCUUUAUCAUGAAUAGAUUUUGUUGGGACUAUUGGCAUAUAACAGUUUAUUUAUUCCUAUACUAAACACAGGUUUUCAGUUUUUUCCACUUUUUUUCAUUAAGCUCUCUGUUCUGAAGUCUUCUUGCAGCUUCACACUGUGUGCUCCAUUGCUUGGAUAUCAAUUGGUACAAUCCUGGAUUAGCACUACAGAUUUGUAUCUGAACUCUAUGCUGUUGUAAAUUGAAAUUUUGUGGACUCUAUAGUCAGGGUAUCUUGUGAUACACAGUAUAGCUUCAUGAUCAUUUGUUCAGUUAAGGAAAUACCAUUAAAUGCACAUUUCACCAUUUUAAUUGUUUGUGACUGCCCAAAAGUGAUAUCUACCUGACUAAAAGAUAUAAAACUAUACCCACACAGCUUUAUUGGUCUCAGUUAGUUCCAUUACCAGAACAAGAGUUUAUCAAUAUUAUACUUGUAUUAUAUCAAGCUAUUCUGUAGCUGUUCCAUCUUGUGCAGUGUGCCUUGCCCUCUGAGUUUUGCAGUUUACUAAUCCAGUCUCAGUAUUUGAAGCUCUGCCUGCAAAACAGCAACUCCAGCCUAAAAUAAGCUUCUGUACCAGCACUGUUUUGACAUAAUAAAGCAUUUCACUGAAAAUGCUCCUAUUAAGCAGUCUUUCUACUGCAUUAUAUCAAUUUAAUAAAAUGUCACACAAGUGCCUUCUGGAAAAGUCAGAAAUCAUAAAUGUUCCAGCACUAAAACAGCCUAUUUGGCAACAAGUUCUGCUGAUAGAAACUGACUGAUUAAACUAUUUCAUUAUUUUGUAGGAAUUAAUUACCUGUGUAAUAUUUGUUUCCUAGAAAAACCGAUCCUUGAUUACUUUACACCACUUUUGAGUAUUUGACUUGUUUCUACUUUAGAAUUCACUACUGAUAUGGUUGCUGUUAGUUUUAAAAUAUGCAUUUGACAAAUUUCUGAAAUUUAAGCAUUUUCUUUUUUUAAAUCAAGAAAUGGAACACGUAAUAUAUAAACACUACUUGACGGAAAUCCAUAAAGCUAUCUUCUGAGACCAACUCUUGUACAAAAUUAUCUUCUGUAUUAUUUUGUGAAUCUAGGGUAACAUGAUUGUGGAAAUGGUUAUAAUGAAAUGUCUCUGUAAUGUAUGUGGAGGUAUUGUAAUCUGAGUUAAAAACAUUUUAGAUAUUUGUAUGAUGCAGUCAUUUAGGCAUGGUAUCUUUAUCUUUCAUCAAUAGGCCAAGCAAUGCAAACUUCAGUUGUGCAAAUGACACUUACUCAGAGUUCAUUCUCUGCAUCAAAUGUUUAAUAACUACUGACAUCACCAGUUGUGGUAAUAACAAUAUUGAUCGAAAGAAACAUUAGUCUUUGUACUGGUUUGAGUUCCUCCAUAAUUAUUUAUAGUGUAAAUUUGUGUGCAACUUAGAUCAAGACCUGGCUAAAACUGAAAGAUAUCUGAUUAAUUCUCAGCUUCAUUUCCUCAUCUGCGUCUUUUGAAUACUAAUUAUUUGAUUCACUUAAUAUAUUUGCACAAUUGAAAAUUUUGAGAUACAUUUUUGCUUUUGUAAUACUUGAAUUUUUAUAAUGGAAUCUUUCUCUCUGUACAAAAUUUGGCAGGAAAUGUAGGUAACUGAUUUUAUAUACUUUUUUCUUUCUAAGAAUGUGUUUGUGUCUUUCUGGCAAAAUUUUAAUAUUUUUCAUAAUAGUUCAAAAUAAGCCUAGUUUUAUUUUACUUUGGAAAAUGAGUACUGACAAACUGAAAUCAAACCCCUAUUAUGAAUGAGCUUGGAUCUUUCCUCUCUCCCUUGUACUGGAAUGCAAUUUAUGCCCUUCUUUUCUUACAAACUCAAUGUGUAAUUUAUGUGUAGCUUAAAAUUACAACUCAUAAAGUUCUUAAUAACUAUUUUUGUCUGGAUGAGGAUACAACCAAAUGAACUCUACAUCUUUUCUAUGUAAUCUGCUGUCACACAGAAUUCCUAUGUUUAGAAACAAGAUGCUUAAGGUUUUCAUGGUGUUUAAGAGACGUCCUGUCAAAGAUUGCAUUUUCCACGGUGACUUACAUCUACAAAUAAUGCUUUACUAUUAAAACCUACCACGAGUUUGCAAUUUCCAUGUUAAGUACAACUAUAAAAGUUGGUUUUGAGUUCCUUUUGAGAACUGCAUUCAUUUUUUUCAUUGUCUAGGUUUCUAACUGGAUAAAAGAAUAGAGUAGGGGAAGUUUCAAAAGCUUAUCCAGCUGCACUAUAAGUAUCAUGAGUCAUGGUAAUUAUAGGUGUACUUGCAAAUGGGUACUUAGAUUCCAUAAACUAUUAUUUCAUAUCUCAACGUACAUAAAUAUGAAAAAUUUCCAUGGACAAGCACUUCUUUGAUAUACUCAUCAGUGAUAUAAGAUUUGCUGAAAGUGAUAUCUUAUUUAAUGGAUUGCUUUUCUUCCAUGAACUAAAUAUUGUACAUACUUACAAAAAAUAACUACUAUUGCAAAAAUACUAAAUGUUAUAAUUCACAUGUUUUAAGAAUGUAACAAAGUUUGAGAAUUGAGAUUUUUAAAUGUAAAAUAAUGGAAACAUCUGGUUUGGGAGACUGUUAAAUAGACUUAAAGUGAUUGCAAUUCAAAGAGUAACUCGUGUUUAAGUAACAAGCCAGCGUUAGAGAAGAAAUAAAGAAUAAGUGGUCCUAUCUUCAGCACGGUGCCAGGACUGGGAGGAUUGCAGACUUUUUUGUUCUUUCACAGUAUUCUGAUCCCAACUGGGGUCAAACAAAAACAGAAAUUGUUGAAGAAACUCAGGAAGUCUGGUAGCAACUGUGGAGAGAAA